AUGGGUAUUGGUCACUAUUCGCAUAGUCUUUAUUUUGUUGAUUUUGGUCUAACAAAACAAUAUCGUGAUUUCAUCACAUGUAUUCAUCGUCAUUUAAUUCACAGCAAAAGUUUAACAGGCACAGGUCGGUGUGCUUCAUUACAUACUCAUCAUGGUUUUGAACAAGCUCGUCGAGAUAAUCCCGAAUCAAUUAUCUAUAGUUUAUUAUAUUUCUUAAAAGACAUUGCUGAAUUUAAACAAACAAUAUCUAUCGAAGGAUUAUGUUCAGAUUUACCAUCACAAAUUAUUACUAUAACUAUAUAUAUUAAAUCAUUAACUUUUGACGAACAACUUGAUUAUAAUUAUAUCAAACGACAAUUACGUACUAUUAUUGUUUCUAAUAAUCAAAAAUAUGAUUAUCAAUUUGAUUGA